ACAGUAUGUGGAGCCCCUACUCCUCCCUUUGUCUGUGUAACCGUUCCCCUCCUCAGCCCAUCUUUCAGCUGUUGGGUGUUGAGUUAUUUCGUGUGAAUGUUGAUGGCAGCAGCUGUUACUGCAGUGAGAGCCUCCUGCCCGCAGCCUCCUGCAACACACACUAGACCUUUCAUUUCAUCAGUUUCCCACUGGAGCAGAGAGCAGCCUGACAGCUCACACCCAGGGAAGGAUCCCUUUAUUCCCUUUACUGCCAGCUACUGAUCAGGAUCCUGGGACUCACACAUUUCCAUUGGAACAUCCACUAGCUGUCUGUCACUGAACCAGUUCAUUAAGUUUAUUCACAAUGAGUCGAAGAGUAGUUCGUCAGAGCAAGUUCCGUCAUAUUUUCGGACAACCAGUGAAAGCCGACCAAAUGUAUGAGGACAUCCGGGUGUCUAAAGUGACCUGGGACAGCUCAUUCUGUGUAGUUAACCCCAAGUUCUUAGCCAUUAUUGUGGAAUCUAGUGGCGGAGGUGCCUUUAUAGUAUUGCCUUUGGCCAAGACUGGACGGGUGGAUAAGAAUCAUCCUACAGUAAGCGGCCAUACAGCUCCAGUUCUUGACAUAGACUGGUGCCCGCAUAAUGAUAACGUCAUCGCAAGUGCCUCUGACGACACCACCGUAAUGGUUUGGCAGAUUCCAGAUUACACACCAGUGCGUUCCAUAACAGAGCCAAUUGUAACACUAGAAGGCCAUUCCAAAAGGGUGGGCAUCGUAAAGUGGCAUCCGUCUGCUCGCAACAUAUUACUCAGUGCAGGCAGUGACAAUGCUAUCAUUAUCUGGAAUGUGGGGACGGGUGAGGCUCUCAUUAACUUGGACGAGCUUCACAGCGAUCUCAUCUACAGCAUCUGCUGGAACUACAAUGGCAGCCUCAUCACCACUACAUCCAAGGACAAAAAAGUCAGGGUCAUUGAUCCUCGAAAACAAGAAAUCGUGGCUGAGAAAAGUGGGGCACACGAAGGGGCCAGACCCAUCAAAUCCAUCUUUAUGGCUGACGGAAAAAUAUUCACCACCGGCUUCAGCAAGAUGAGUGAGCGGCAGCUGGCACUGUGGGAUCCGAAUAAUUUUGAAGAGCCCAUUGCCUUGCAAGAAAUGGACACAAGUAAUGGAGUGCUGCUUCCUUUCUAUGACUCUGACUCCAGCGUUGUCUACCUCUGUGGAAAGGGUGACAGCAGUAUUCGUUACUUUGAAAUAACAAGUGAGGCGCCCUAUGUUCACUACCUAAGCACUUACAGCAGUAAGGAGCCUCAAAGAGGAAUGGGAUUCAUGCCAAAGAGGGGCUUGGAUGUCAGUAAAUGUGAAAUAGCCAGGUUUUUCAAGCUUCAUGAAAGGAAAUGUGAGCCGAUUGUCAUGACGGUGCCACGAAAGUCAGACCUCUUCCAGGAUGAUUUGUAUCCAGACACACCUGGACCUGAACCAGCACUUGAAGCUGAGGAGUGGUUUUCUGGACAAGACGCAGACCCUAUUCUUGUAUCUCUUAGGGACGGUUAUACUCCCAUAAAGAACAGGGAGUUGAAAGUCAACAAGAAAAACAUUCUAGAUAACAAACCUCCAGCUGGACCACGGAGAAGUUACUCAUCUUGUGACGCUGGCUUUUCUCGUGUCUCCCUUGAAGAUCUACUAGAAGAAAUCAAGAGCUUGAGAGCCACAGUUGAGUCCCAGGAUAAACGUAUCUCCGACCUAGAAAACCUGCUGCAUGAACUUUCCAAUGGCACAGCCUGAGCCAGAGAGUGUAAGGUCAGCCCAGCUGGUUCACAAUGCACUAGAAGAACCUCUUGUCCUCUCCUCCUAUGAAGUACAUCCCGAUCAUGCUUUCCAGGGGAGUAGGAGCCAUUGCAAGGACUCCAAAUGGACAUCCCCUAAUUAAUUUCCUGCUCCAAAGCUCCUUCUUUGUAGAUGAGUCUCUAGGGUGCCUUUGCUUGGGGCUACCAUUUACCCAAAGGGACAGAAGAAACAUUUGAAAGCACUAAAGCAUUUUUCUAAAGCAUCUACACGAUGAGAGGCAUUGCAUGAUGGAGGGGAGAUUCAACAGUCUGGACUGAGCGAAACUAAUAACACAUGUGUAUGCAAGUCCCCACCACAAAGCCAUGUUUCUCGGACAUAGUAGUUACACGGUAUUAGAAGCACAUACAGUUCUUUUUUUCCUUCCUUAUUCCAUUUUUCUUAUUUUAGUGCUGCUGUAUAAUCACACUGAUGAACAAUGAAAGGGCACAGGGGUUUGAUGAAGAGGGUUACGGUUUUAUUGUUUGUUGUUUUUAUCAGAAGGUCUCGGCUGUAUGGGUGUCUUUAUCCAGCAGUAUAAUGUAUCCAGAUAUUUGUGCAUUGGAAUUAUAAAGUUGCCAUCUAUGCAGGCUGGCAUUUAGCAAUUUCUUUUUGCAUUGCUGCCCAGAUUUAAUGCGGGUCAGGCUGCAGAGUAUCCACAAUGAUUUGCUGUGCAUUGGUAAUGGAGGUCGGGGACUGUGAAGAGCCAUAUCCUUACUGUGCACUACUGAGAGUAAUGUGCUUGCUCCAGUUCUAGUAACCCAUAGCAACCACUAAGCAGGCCAGUAUAUGGUGAUUGGUUGCUAGAUCUAGAGCAAACGUGGCCCAUCUGUUGUAUUAACCUUAGAAUGUAGGGCUUCACAAAUCAUAGUUCCGUUGCAUUGCUCAAUUACAUAUGUCUAGGUACAGGGCGAGGCUACUGUAUGAAGGGCUACAGCUUAAAGGGAUACUUUCAUCAUAAUAAACCAUCUUUAUAUAAUAUUA